UCGGUCAGCUGACAAGCUGUGCAGGAGUCACGUGACUUGCCCUCUGACUUAAACCAUCACCGGCGCGACUUAGGUGCAGAGGGUGUCUUGGCGCGGUGCUUGUCACUAUGGCUACGGUGAUAGUGAAGGAGAGCGCGAGCAUCAAGCAAGCAGUCUCCAUUAUAAAUGAAAUGGAUGAAGCCAAAUUUCCCAGACUCCUUUCUCGCAUUCUUCAAAAACUACACCUCAAAGCAGAACAGAGUUUUAGCGAAGAGGAAGAAGAAAAACUUCAAGCUGCCUUCUCACUUGAUAAACAAAAUCUCAAAUUAGUCUUGGAGACAAUCUCAUUUAUUUUGGAACAGGCAGUGCAUCAUAAUUUAAAAGCCUCAGUCUUGCGCCAGCAGUUGGAGAGCAUCCACCUUGAUCCAAAUAAAACACAGUCUUUUGCCAUUGCCUGGGAAAGUGCGGGGCAGGAGACCGUGGAGAAGUUCAGGCAACGGAUUUUAACUCCAAAAAAGCUGGAGACAACUGCCUGGCAGCUCAACCUCCAGAUGGCUCAAUCCACCCAAGCAAAAAUGAAGUCUCCCCAGGCUGUGCUAGAACUUGGAGUUAGCACCGAAGACACAAAGCGGGAACACCAGCAGCAGGACAAUGAGCAGCAUGGCUUGCCAGCCAAAGCAGAGAUGUGA